AUGUGGCUGUCCACUCGGGCGCCAUUUCCCAGCUCUCCAGGCCCCUCUCCAAUCUUAUUCAUAAAAACAGCAACAAGAAAGAAUUCCAAGCCAGCAUUAUCGAAUUCCCAGACCUCUUCCCUCAAGACUUCACGAGCACCUGUGAAUUCGCAUACACGGGUGUUUCACUCUCCCCUUAGCCGGCCAACUCGCAGACGGCUCGGACGUAGAUAUCCAAACAGAUUUCUUCAUGCUAGGCGUGCGGUGGCCGGCGUGGCGGAUACCCAGGGUGAGGAGAAGGCGAAAGACAAGGCAGAGAAGAAGGGGCAUCAAAAGGUGAAGGUGGGUGGGAAAGCAGAUGAAUACGAAGACGAAGGCCUGAGUGGUGGCGGAGACGACAAGGAUCAGCAGCAUAAGAGCAAUUGGAGGGAAGAUGUUGGUGGUAUCUUGUUGGAUUUUGCACGACUGUACAACUUUGCUGAAAGGUACUUGAUCCAGGGGCUCAAGGAGCAGGUUAUGAGGAUUUUGCGGGGCUAA